AUGGACAUGGCUACUUCACAUCCAAACCACGGGCACGACCGCGUGCCCACUGACAGCGGCAUCGGCCACUCUCCUCCUGCCCAGGUCGAGCCAAUUCCGAGCGAGGGCGAGAUGUACGGGGAUUUCUGGGAUCCACUCUUUGUGAUCCACAACACUAUCUCCACCCACAAACAUCGCGAUCCUGCUAGCACCCCAGCGAGCCUGGGCCACGUACCCAGGCACACACCGGCACAGGCGCCAACAGAGGUCCAGGUGCUCAUUCAACGGGUGCGUCAGCUGGAGCAGAAGGUCUUCAGCCAACAAGAACCAGAGAGUUCUCUAGCAGCUCCCCAUAUUCAACAGCGCCAUCCGCAGGCACGACGCACGGUGUGCCAGGCGAAUCUUCUGGGCAAGAGUCACUGGCUGGUGGGGUUUGCGCAGGAUAAUGAUGUGGAGUUCCGUGCUCUGUUUGUUAAAUGUCAGCGGCUCUCGCGAGCAAUCCAGCAACAAUAUAGUCUGCGCGCUUCCUCUCUGCAGGCCUUGGACGGCAGCCUGCCAUCACAGGAGGCCUGCGAUGUCUGUGUCAAUGCAUACUGUCGCACUUUCGAAUCCGUGCUGCGAAUUCUCCAUGUACCCACCUUCCGACAAGUAUACAAUGAGAUGUGGACAGGCUCACAGCCGACCAGCAGACUGUUCUUGUUAAAACUGCAGCUAGUCAUCGCCAUCGGAGCCCGUGUGGUAAACCAAUCAGACAUGCUUGGCACGCCUGACAUGGCCUCCCGCUGCGUGGCUUGGAUCCAGGAGGCCCAGCAAUGGCUGCACGCCCCAGGGGAAAGUCUGCAGGCUAGUGUGGAUGGCAUUCAACUUUACUGCCUUGUCCUACUUACACGAAUAGUAUGCGCCGUGGAUGCAAGUCUUGUGUAUGUAUCCACUGGCGCACUCCUGCAGAAGGCGCAGCAACUGGGACUUCAUCGUGACCCGUCUCAUUUCCCUGCAAUGCCGGUAUUCCAGGCUGAGAUUCGCCGCCGACUAUGGUGCACCGUCUGCGAACUAGUUCUCCAGUCUAGUACGGACUCAGGGACCCCACCGCUCAUAUCUUGCGAUGAAUUCGACUGUAGACCUCCUGCUAAUCUAAACGAUACGAAUCUUGGUACAGCCAGCGAGCCUGAGCCAAGUAACAUAUUAACACAAACCUCCUUCUCAAUUCUCCUUAUGAGAUGCUUGCCGGUUCGCGUACAAGUGGCAAAGGUCUUAAAUAGCGUCCAGCUAGAUCCCUCGUACAGCGAAGUGCUCCGUCUUGGGGAAGAGCUCACCGCAGCAUGUCACUAUAAUACGCAAAUGAUUAAAUCUAUGUCUCCCGACCACGAGCAGCCGACCCUGUUCCAGCUGGAGCUCCUUAACUUGCUAACCUAUAGAUUUCUCCUUUGCCUCCAUCAACCGUUUGCCAUGAAAGCUCGGAAGAACCUCGCCUAUUACUUUUCACGCCGGGUCUGCUUAGAGACGGCAAUCCAGAUACUGGCGGGUCACCCAACAACGCCUUCCGGACAAAAUGUUAACGACUAUUUGAAUGUGAAACGCUACUCUAGCGGGCUGUUUAGAGACCCAUAUUUACUUGCCUCCGUGACUGUGGGACACGAGAUCCUCUGCGUAACAGAGGGCGAUUGGUUUUCCUGCCAACCUGUCUCCCCGCUCACAAACAACCUGUCGUCUACGCCCAACAAAAGCCAGCAGGUUCCUCGCACAGUUUUAGAAGAAUACGUAGGCUUGAGUGAAUGCCGGUUAAAAGACGGCGCACAAAUAGAUAUCAAAACCUAUGUGUUGUUAUCGUGUAUCAUAGCCCAGAUUAAAGCUGCCGAAACUGGGUCACCUCAGGACGAUGCGGUCCUAUCGGCGGCAGUGGACAGUCUGGAAAAGUGCCACAUAGUUCUUGUCGACAGGUACAAGAGCCUAGCACAAUCGCGGGAGUCACCUCAACCUCUACAGGUAUAUGGUGGGUCUAAUGUGCCGUGUCGACUGGGUAAGGGUUCCAAUGACAUCUUGGACAUCAACGAAACGGGGGAAGGCGAGGCAUGGUCUGAUUUCGAUGUGAGCCAGGCUGAGUGGUCCCUGCAGGUUGAAUACCCUGAUCUGGACUGGAAUUUGCUGAAUACUUGGUCGGCUUGUGUCCCUGGUUCUGAUUCAGGGGCAAGUUGA